CCGUAAAAACAGUAGCGCAACUUCAACUAAGUACUUUGUUCUUUGGUUCAAACACAUAUGCUUUGAAUUAUCUGGAGCACACAUCAUACGAGUAUAAGUCUUUCUGGAUGGGUUUGUGCGAAGACAAUUCGGUAUUGGCUUCACGAAUAGACGCAUCGGUAUGGCACGCUAUUGGCCAGACAGUAGCAUGCCGACAAAAGGUCAACUCGGUAUACUCAAGGAACAUCGAUGUGCAUAAGAACGCUCAAGGAGAGUUUCCCGCGCUUGGCUUCUUCUUGGUGUGCUCCGGGCCUUCCGGCUAUCCGAAAUCCGAUACUUGGGCGUGCCAAGCGACUUUAGAACUUCGUCUGCUACCGUGGAAUGCGCGAACCCAUCUGUUCUGCAAGAAUGGAGAUAAUAUGGGAUACAGACACUAUAUUUCGAUGGAGACGCUACUGGAUCCGGCGAAAGGUUACAUCAAUCCCCAUGAUUUCUCGCUGAGACUGCAAAUUCAACUGACCGCUGACCUUCCGACAGGAGUGGAAUAAAUGCAACACGCAGAUGUAUGGUUGACGAAAAGAGAUGGAAGAAAUAAUUACAAUGAAAUUGCUUGCGCUUUGACUUUCGGGUUGGAGAGUGGAUCGUAGCAGAGUUUCAUUCUUCCGU